UAUCGCUAUUGCUCCUAUGUCGUCGCCAUUAAAAGGUUUACACUGCAGUUUCAUCACCAGUCAGUUUGAAACCGGAAAACUCAGUUUCGUGAGAUCGGGGGAUACAGGAAGAAACAUGGCAACACAAACUGACAUGUUUCCGGCGCGGGAAAAUCGUAAACAACACGGCGGAAGGGGGGUUUGAUAGUGAGUUUAUACCUCACAAAAGUCAUCUUAGAUUCUGAAAACUAUCUUUAGACUUGCAGACAUGUUAAUUAGAGUAAGAAGAAGCUAUAGCAGAUAAUAGGGGCAAAACAUGCAAGUGUACGCUGCUAAUUCCUUUAAAAAAAAAGAACAAUAACGCCGUCCUUAUUGUCUGACAGCAGUCUGAAAACAUCCUCUCAGCAUGGAUCGCUACAAUGAAGUGAAACUUCUGCUGAAACGCUGGGAGCAGGGGUUUGUCAAAGAGCACCAGAGGAAACCUAACAAGGAGGACAUUGAUCGGGCUCCAGAGGAGACCAAGAAUUUGUACAAAGAGUACCGUAAUUUGAAGCAAGCCAAAGAGAACAGCACUGUUGAGGCAGCCAGUGGGCAUCUUCAAGCUGCAGCUCAGAGCAGCACAGCCCAAAAGGGUUCAGACUGCUGGGGUGCCCACUUGAAUCGCAGUGCGUUGCCGGCAUCUUCUCCCAAACUGACAUCUCAGGACAGAGACAGUCUGAAGGCCUCUUCUCAAUAUUACGGCCUAAAGCUUAAAAACAACUUGGUUUCACUCAGUAAGGAGAAACCCAUCUCACUGAAGAAAAUGCGCCAUCCUGGUCGAGUACCUUUGAACUCCUUGAAAGAUGAACAAACUAUACCAACAAAGAGCACCACUUCUACUGAUGCUUCUGCCAAGAACACAGUCACUGACCCCGAAUCCAGCCCCUUUUCACCAAGAAGAAUUAAUCCAUGCUUGGGAUCUCUGGCUUCAAAGACUCUCCAGCCAUUAGAGCCUGAAGAGCAGUUUCAACCAUUUGAACCAGUCAGACCGGCCAAUGACAAACCUGCAGAUGCUAGUAGUAGUUGUAGUAUUAGUGGUAAUGCCAGUGGUAGCAUUACCAAAGGCAUUGGUUCACAAUUCACUACCUUCACUUCAGGUGCUUCUCAUGUCAGAUCCUCCACCCCGUUGUCGUCUUUAUCUCCUGAGCGAACUUUAGGGGCUUCAAAUGUAGAUGCCAGAACUACAGGAAAUAAAAUUAAAGGCAGUUUAGGAGAUGUUAAAGAAAAUGCCGAAACAUUUGAAACUCCACAUAGGGGUACUGAUUCUGCAGGUAGUGGAACUUUAAUUGGAUUUAAAGGAAGUCCGCAGUUUCUUGGAGGUUUCAGAGGAGGCAGUGGCUUAGGAGGAAGGCCCUCUCCUGCUAGCAGGCUUAGCUUUGUUGACAGGCAGUGGCUAGAAAGGUGUCAAGUAUUUGGAGAGAUGGGAGCAGAGGAGAAGCCUGGAGCUGGCAACCAGGAGAUAAAGGCUGAGAAAAGAGGAGGGACAGAAAUGGGUGGAAAAUUAGAAGGGGAAAUGCAAGGUGGUGAAAGAGAAGGAAAGGGAGAGUUAGAUGUAGAGGGAGAAAGAAAGCAGUCAUUAGAAAUGGGAGAAUGUAAAACAUUUGAGAGCAUAAUAGGGGAUAAAGAAGUCAUUGACAGUGCUGCAAACUCUGGAAAAGGCAAAAGAGAAGGGGAUGGAAAAGAGAAAAGGAAGAGACAGGGGGAGAUGGAAAGAGGACAGGUGCCAAUUAUAACAGCUGAUGAUGACAAUGAGAGUAGUCCAGAAACUAAAGGUACAAAGAAGAGGGGGAGGAAGAGGCAGCGAGAAGGGGGUGACAUGAAGGGAGACACUACAGAAGAAGGAGGAGUAAAGAAGAGGCGGAGUAGUGGUAAAAAGAAAGAGGAGAGCACUGAUGUUAGCCCCAGCUCAGCUCACGGAGGAGCAGAGAAGAAAAAGAGACGCAAGAACAAAGGAGAAGACGAUGGAGCGGAUGAAGAGGAGAAAGAAACCAAGGCACCAAAAAAGAUGCCCCAAGAAAACCUGCUUGGAGAAAUAGAGGAGGAAUUUGGAGUUAACAGAAUAUAUCGGACACAGUCUGCUAGAGCGAGAGUCACGAAAGGUGCGGAGGGCAACUUUGUGAAAAUAAAUCUGAAGACGAAAUCUCAUGUCAAAGGAUAUGCCCUGAGAGGGGUUGCUCUGCGCAAACAGUUGUACAUGCAGAAGUUCCAGCUGAAGGGAGAGCGCUUUGGUGGAGGUGGCGGAUAUUUUGGUAGAGGAAGGAGGGGUGGCUUCAGAGGGGGCCUCAGUCGACAGGGUGACACCUGCUACAAAUGUGGAGGGGCUGGACACUGGGCUAUUGACUGCAAGGGACGAGCUCCUCCACCUCCUGUUGCUGACGACAAGCUGCCUGAUGAGGAGCCAUUUGAACUGCCCACCCUGGAGGAUGUUGCCAGGGCAACGGGAACGCUACGACCUCAGCCACUGGCGGUAGCUUCUGCUAGUAAAGAGGAGCAGCAGGAACAGGAAAAGGAAGUGGACAGUAAGCGUAGAGAUGAAGUGUUGCUGAAUGUGAUUCGCCCCGAUUAUGAGCGGCCUGCUCCUCCACCACCCAUGGAACCACUUUAUCAGCUCACAGAGGAUGGAAAAGUCCAGGAAACAUCUGAAGAAGUUUAUGCAGCUCUAAGAGAUCUCGGCUAUCAGUCAUUUAGACCAGGACAGGAGGAAGCCAUCAUGAGGAUCCUGUCAGGUCUCUCUACCCUUGUAGUAUUAUCAACAGGGAUGGGGAAAUCGUUGUGCUAUCAGCUCCCAGCUUACCUUUAUGCUCAGAGAUCCAAAUGCAUCACUUUGGUCAUAUCACCUCUUGUCUCUCUAAUGGAUGACCAGCUGUCUGGCCUGCCAGCUAAGCUGAAGGCCGCCUGUAUCCACUCCAACAUGACGAUGAAACAGAGAGAAGCAGCGAUAGAAAAGGUCAAGUCAGGUCAGGUAUGUGUGCUGCUGCUCUCUCCAGAGGCCCUUGUUGGGGGAGGAGGUUCAGGUUCAGGGUGUCUUCCUUCUGCUCAGGAGCUCCCUCCUGUGGCCUUUGCCUGUAUCGAUGAGGCUCAUUGUGUCUCAGAGUGGUCUCACAACUUCAGACCCUGCUACCUAAGGCUCUGUAAGGUGCUAGGAGAACGUCUGGGAGUACGAUGCUUGUUAGGGCUCACAGCUACAGCCACUCUGUCCACUGCUCUGGACAUCGCUAAACAUUUGGACAUCAGUGAUCAAGAUGGCAUUGCUGUCAGAUCUGCAGCUGUGCCUCCAAACCUGAAUCUUUCAGUAUCCACGGAUAAAGAAAAGGAUCAGGCUUUAGUCUCCUUGUUGAAAGGUGAUCGUUUUGGUUGCCUUGACUCCAUCAUCAUCUACUGCACCAGAAGAGAGGAGACUGUUCGUGUGGCGGCACUUCUCCGAACCUGCCUUCAAGGGGUGCUGCUAAAAGAAAACAACAGAACCAGCAGCAGCAGCCAGUCAGAAAACAACCCUGUAGGACAGAGAAAGAAAGAACUGGCACGGAAGAAGAUUCGUAAACCGCUGAAAUGGCAGGCUGAAUCGUACCACGCCGGCCUGUCGGGGUCAGAGCGGCGACGCGUGCAGAACAACUUCAUGUGUGGAGAGCUCAGAAUCGUGGUGGCCACUGUGGCGUUUGGCAUGGGCCUGGAUAAAUCUGACGUUCGUGGUAUCAUCCAUUACAACAUGCCUAAGAGCUUUGAGAGCUACGUUCAGGAAAUUGGGAGGGCAGGAAGAGAUGGAGAACUGGCUCACUGUCACCUCUUCCUUGACCCAGAGGGUGGGGACCUCCAUGAGCUCCGUCGUCAUAUCUAUGCAGACACAGUGGACUACUAUACAGUAAAAAGACUCGUGCAGAAAGUUUUCCCAGCAUGCAAAUGUAAACAGUUACACCAGCAACAGCAGCAACUCCUCAAGGACGUUGAAGACUCUGAGCUCUUGGAGGUGAUGGAUGUGUGUGAUCAGGAGAGCAGUGUGAAGUCUCCUGCUCAGCAAGACAAACCAGAACCUGCUGCUGCAGCACUUGAAUCAGAUCUCAGUUCCGCUGAGCUAUCUGCCAAAGAAGACAGAGAUAAAAGAGAGGAAAGAAAUGAGGAUGAGAUGAAAGAUCAGACAGCAGAAGACAAAGGAGAUGGCUGGCAGAGGGAUCGGAAAAUGGAGAGCAGUGAUUGGCCCAGGGAGCGAGUGUGCCACACGCAUGAGAGAGCUAUUCCCAUCCAAGAGACUGUCGAGGCUCUGGACAUCACAGAGGAAGGUGUGGAAACACUGCUCUGCUAUCUGGAGCUGCACCCACAGCGCUUUGUGGAGCUCCUCCACCACACCCUGUCUGUUUGCAAAGUCAGUUGCUACGAUGGUCCGAGACAACUCAAGAAAGUUACCAAAAUUUGUCCUCCAAUCGCUGUGGUGUUGGCCAGAAGGCGGAUGGCGGGCGAGCGAGUGGAGACCUGUGAUCAGCUUGAGUUUGAUGUUGUCGAGGUCGCGGACACUAUGGGAUGGCAGCUUCCUCUCGUGAAGAGAGGACUCAGGCAGCUGCAGUGGAGCACUGAUAGAGCUGGCGGACGUAGCGGCGUCCUCGUUGAAUUCUCCUGUCCAUCAUUCUACUUCCGUUCCUAUGGCGACCUGAGUGAUGAGGAGAUGGACAGAGUGUGUCAGUUCCUCCAUAAACGUGUGCAGGACCAAGAGAGAACACAACUGUACCAGCUGACGACCUGUUUUAAGGCCUUCAAGAGUGUUGCCUAUCGCAGUGUAUUUUCCUGCGUAGACGAUCUGGAUGAGAGCCGCAGUUUGCAGCUAAAGAGCCUUCUCUCCGAGUAUUUUGAUAAGAGGCGGGAUGGAGACCACACACUCACAUCCUUGGACCCUGAGGACCUCGAUAAAUAUAAGCUGUUGGACUGGGAGGAUCAAAUCAGAGCCGACAUCAGAAGUUUUCUUGCUAAUCGAAGUGAUGAGAAGUUUUCUGGAAGAGCUGUCGCUCGAAUCUUCCAUGGCAUAGGCAGUCCUUGUUAUCCUGCUCAAACCUACGGCAAAGACAGACGUUACUGGAGAAAGUACAUCCAGUUUGACUUCAACAAGCUCAUCAGACUGGCCACUCAGGAGAUCAUUCGCUUCAAGUGAUCGACCAGAUGGUCCAAUAUUGUUUGUUUUGUUUGCUUGUUUCUUUUUAAAUAGAG